AUGCUGCGCUACUUGAUCAAAACCCUGCUCCAGAUGAACCUUUUCACCGACACCAUCCGGGACUCCGUCAACGGCACCGACCUGCUCUUCAAUCUGUCCUCCAUCCCAUCCCUCAAUUCCUCCUUCCUGGACUGGGCCAAUUUCACCAGCUUCAACGGAUCCCGGCCCAGAUUGGAGGAUGCCCCGCCGCGGAUUGUGGAACACCCCUCUGACCUGAUUGUGUCCAAAGGCGAGCCGGCCACUCUGAACUGCAAGGCAGAGGGGCGUCCCAGUCCUAUGGUGGAGUGGUAUAAAGACGGAGAGCGGGUCGAAACGGACAGAGAGGAUCCCAGAUCCCACCGCAUGCUGCUGCCCAGCGGCUCUCUCUUCUUCCUGCGCAUCGUCCACGGCCGCCGGAGCAAGCCCGACGAGGGCGUCUACGUCUGUGUGGCCCGGAAUUAUCUGGGGGAGGCCGUGAGUCGCAACGCCUCUCUGGAGGUUGCCAUUCUACGGGACGACUUCCGCCAGACGCCCAGUGAUGUCGUGGUGGCCGCAGGUGAGCCAGCGGUCAUGGAAUGCAUUCCACCACGUGGACAUCCAGAGCCAACCAUCUCCUGGAAGAGGAACAAUGUUCGCGUAAAUGAUAAGGAUGAGAGGAUCACAAUCCGUGGUGGGAAGCUGAUGAUUUCUAACACACGCAAAAGCGAUGCUGGAAUGUAUGUGUGUGUGGGCACCAACAUGGUUGGAGAAAAGGACAGUGACCCUGCUGAGCUGGUGGUUUUUGAACGGCCCAUGUUUGUGCGGAGACCAGUCAAUCAGGUGGUGCUAGCUGACGACACUGUGGACUUCCUGUGUGAGGUGCAGGGAGACCCCACACCCACUGUCCGAUGGCGCAGGGAGGAGGGGGAGCUGCCACGGGGCAGGUCAGAGAUCCGUAGCGAUAACAGUCUGCGACUGUCUCAAGUGCGAGCAGAAGAUGAGGGCACUUACACCUGCGUGUCUGAGAACAGCGUGGGCAAGGCCGAGGCCUCUGGCACACUGCAGGUUCACGUGGGCCCGUCUCUUCCUCCUCAGAUUGUCGUCCGUCCUCGAGACCAGAUUACCGCCCAGGGACGCACUGUCACCUUCCUGUGUGGUACGAAGGGUAACCCCCCACCGGCCGUCUUCUGGCAGAAAGAGGGCAGUCAGAUCCUGCUGUUCCCCAGCCAGCCUCCUGCGCAGUCAGGACGCUUUUCCGUGUCUCUGAGUGGGGAGCUGACGAUCACGGACGUGCGGAGCGAGGACUCGGGGUAUUAUAUCUGCCAGGCUAUCAGUGUCGCAGGAAGUGUCCUGACUAAAGCCCUACUGGAGGUGGAGAAUGCUCCCUCUGAUCGUGUGCCACCAAUCAUCCGCCAAGGGCCGGCCAAUCAGACACUUGCUGUGGGAGCCACAGCCCAGCUGCAGUGUCAUGUGAUGGGCAACCCACUACCCAGCGUCCAAUGGGAGAGAGACGGGCAGAGGAUCCUGGGCGACGACGUGCGCAUAAGCCUCAUGGAGAACGGCACUCUUCAAAUCACGACUCUUCAGGAAACGGAUUCGGGGGCCUACACCUGUAUUGCGUCCAGUUCGAGUGGAGAGACAAGCUGGAGUGGAAUUCUUACAGUGAAAGAGAGUGAAGGCCUGAUCAUUGCUCAGGCCUCAGAGCCCAUCCAGCUGCCUGGCCCACCCCAGAAACCUGUGGUGACAGAUGUGACCCGCAACAGCGUUACGCUCACAUGGCAACCCAAUGCACAUGAGGGCGGAGCUGCAGUCACCUCUUACAUCAUCGAGGCCUUCAGCCAAUCAGCAGGCAGUACAUGGCAGACUGUGGCAGACUUGGUGAAAUUGGAGAAACACACCGUCACUGGGUUGUCCCCCAACACCAUCUACUUGUUCAUUGUCCGGGCAGUGAAUGCCUAUGGCCUGAGUGACCCCAGCCCCAUCUCCGAGCCUGUACGGACACAGGAUGUGAGUCCAACAGGUCAGGGAGUGGACCACAGGCAGGUACAGAGAGAACUGGGGGAGGUGGCUGUCCAGCUGCAGGAGCCUGUCCUACUGACUGCUUCCAGCGUCCAACUGUCCUGGACUGUUGACCGGCAAUCCCAAUACAUCCAGGGCUAUCGGCUCCUGUAUCGUCCCACUGGGGGCUCCUGGCUGCAGCAGGACGUGAAGGCAGCUCCAGAGCGCAGUGCCAUUAUCGCCAACCUCCUGAAAGGCACCGAGUACGAGAUUAAGAUCAGGCCGUACUUCAACGAAUUUCAGGGCAUGGACAGCCGCCCACUGCUUAUCCGCACUCCGGAGGAGGUCCCCAGUGCCCCUCCCCGUGCUGUUACCGUGACAACAGUUAAACUCAGCAACAGUUCAGGCAUCGAGGUGUCAUGGCAACCACCCCCAGCAGAGAUGCAGAAUGGAAUUAUCCAAGAGUACAAGGUCUGGUGCUUAGGCAAUGACUCUCAGACACGUUAUCACAUCAACCAGACGGUGGAUGGGAACACCCUCACCACGACCCUGAAGGGUUUACUGCCAGGGAUCCUGUACCAGGUGGAAGUGGCAGCGGUGACCAGCGCAGGGGUGGGCGCCCGCAGUCAGGCCGUGUCUGUUCUUAUCAAGCUGCCAGCAGAGCAGCCCGCAGUUCCCACCGAGCAGGACGAGAAUGUGAGCCUGGCUGAGCAGAUCACGGACGUGGUCAAACAGCCGGCCUUCAUCGCGGGAAUAGGCGGAGCUUGCUGGGUCAUCCUUAUGGGCUUCAGCGUGUGGAUCUACUGCCGCCGCAAGAAGAGGAAAGAGCUGAGCCACUACACCGCCUCCUUUGCGUACACGCCUGCAGUAGGGUUUUCACAUGGAGAAGGUUCAGGACUUAAUGGACGGCCUGGAGUCCUGGGCGCUAAUAUGGGGAACUAUCCUUGGCUGGCUGACUCCUGGCCUACCACCAACCUUGUCCACAACAGCAAAGACUCUGUCAACUGCUGCACUUCCAAGCAUGACUCUGCAGAAAGAUAUUACAACGAGGCCGGGAUCUCUAACUACCUGAGUCAGACUGAAAAGUACAGCACGGGCUCCAAUGAAGGCCCCAUUUACAGUACCAUUGAUCCAACCAGCGAAGACUUGCGCAGCUUCUCCGCCCCCUACUCCCAGCACACCACCCCGUACGCCAGCACUCCCAUCAUGCCCUUCACCAACCAAGGCACCUUCAGCCCCGAGCAAGAAGGCGGCCACUGGAUGACUCAACCUGGGACUUCAAGCGCGCAGUACGCUCAACCGGACCGCUCCAAGACUGACAAUGCAAAACAGUCCAAGCAGAAAUCAAUGGGAAAGGCCGUGAAAACACCUUCUCUGAACUGGAUGGAUCCUCUUCCCCCACCACCUUCCACUGGAGAACUUGAACACUGUGCAGCUGAGGCUAACGUGGAACUCGACAUCCAGGACCUUGGAUCUGAUGAGGAGGACUGGUGCCCGCCACUGCCUGAGAGGACCUACUUGAUUGAUGGGAUGGCAGAAGACGGACCCUCGCCACCCCCGCGGGGAGAGCUUUCGUCCCCGACUACUUCCUACAGCCACCAGUCCACUGCUACUCUCACCCCCUCACCCAGGGAGGAGACACGGCCAGGCCACGACCUCCCACGCCCCCACCACCUCGACGGCCCACAGCUAGCACGCCGAUUAGCUUGUGGACCAGUCCCUGUGCCACGUGCGCCCAGCCCUCCCCUUACCCAGUCCAACCCAAACCUUUCAGCCAGUCAUGAGGGUCCAGAGAGUGGUACACCACACAAAUUAGCACACAGAAGAGACUUGAGUCAAGGAGCCACACUGAGUGCUGAAAACAUCAGUGCUACCACCCCAGGUCGAACUAGACCCUCCACAGCUGACAACACACACACACCCCCAGGGCAAAAAUCUAGAGUGAAGAAGAAAACAUCCAAGGGUGGCCAGUACAGGAGAGACCUGAUGCAAGGGGACCUACCCCCUCCUCCAGAACCUCCACCAGAAGAUGAAGCCGUGCAUGGCCCAGGUGGAGGGCUGGACUGCGGCCAGACAUCUCUGGAAAGAGAGGGCAGCUGUGUGUCCUCCGUGGACAGGAGAGACCACAGCACCCCCAACAGGAAGGGCUUGGCACAGCGGCGGAAAGAAGAUGAAGAAAUAGUUCCAUAUAAUAAGACCAAUUUCCUGGCAAAGGGGCAGAUGUCUAGCAAUUGUUCUACGACAGGAAGUUCAUCAUCGCGAGGGUCCACAGGAUCCCGAGGCCAUGGAUCGGGCAGGAAGAGAAACGAGGGAUCUUGA